GUUGUUAAUUAAUGUUACUUUGAAUACAAUAUAUUAAUAUAUAUUUCUAUAUUUCAACUCUUAAAUUAUUUACGUCUAUCAUAUUAAUAACUAAUAAUUCUUUCUGCUGAUUAAAAGUGACAUACAGUUUUUAUUUAUAAAAUCGUAGUUGGCGCGUUUCGAAUUUCGAAGGUGGCGCUAUGUACAGAAGCGUAGCGCGCAGGAUAUCUGAACCUACAGUGAAAAAUUCCUCCUUCAUGAUCACCCUGAAGUUAACCAAAUCAUGUAUAAACUCAUAAUAUAAACUAAAUUUUAACUUUUUCUUUACAUUCUAUCAUUUUUAGGAUGUUUAAUUUUUGAUAAAACGCAUCCACUUUAUUGUCAGAUUUGAAAUGGCAGUGAGUCACGUGAUAGCACCGCAAUGUACCAACCUGCACUGUGCUGGUGGACGCCAAGCGUCGUGUUCUAUAGGAGGUCGAACUUGGUGAGCCUAGUAGCGAUCGCUCUGAAAAAAAUGAAGUGAUUUAUCGGUGAAAAUUAUUAACACGGACACUUCGUUUUCCUUCGACGAGGAAAAUUGUGAUCGAUUUAGCGAAAAAUCAAAAGGAUCUGAUAAACGUAUAGAUCGUACGGCUGGAUCGAAGGAAAAAGGAAUGAGUCAAGAUGCGACCUGUGCUUUUUCUAUAUGCCGUUAUCACGGUCCUACUUCAUGUCCUAACCAGCUUUGCACAUGGACAGAAGCAAGAACUAGGCAUGAUCUUCACUAAACAUCCGCAACCUUUGGCCGCGCCAAUAGGAGAUGAUGUGAAUUUUGAAUGCAAUUUGAAUCUCGGAGCAGAACGUUUCUCCUGGCGCCAUAGACCAUUAGGUUCGGAUAGGUGGUUGCAGGUUUUUCACAUGUCUAGUAACGGUGGGAAAACGUCCAGGCACGUAGUGAACUUUGACAAUGAAUCCAAAGCCGGUGAUUACCGUUGUAUAGCAUUUUAUGGUUCGAGUGGUUUAGCUUCUGACCCGGCAAGAUUGACGCUUGCUACGCUAGAGAAGUUUACCGAUAAGAGCGAAGUCGUUAUAAACGUUCCAGCGGGGAAUACCGUGCCUAUCACUUGUCCUGUGCCUUACUCAGCCCCAGAGGCGAUAGUUGAGUUCUACAAAGAUAAUAAUCCUGUAAAAAAUGUUAACGUAGUUGGUAGCAAGACCAUGGUCAUUGAAAAUGCUAAAGUAUCGGACAGUGGAUCUUAUCACUGCACUGCUGAAAAUUACAUAACUACUCAGUUAUAUCGUAGUAACCAUAAGACGAUUCUAAACGUAAACACAAAUACCAGUUUUCGAGCACCAUACUUUGUUAAACAACCACAAACGGAGUACAAGGUUUUGAGGGGUAAAAACGUAACUUUGGAAUGCUUUGCCGCUGGUUACCCAAUCCCUUCUGUCACGUGGACUAGAUUAGGUAGUUCGUUACCACUGAACUCCAUUAAAACUGCGAUGGGUCUAACGAUAAUUAACGUUCAAUCAGCGGAUAGGGGAGAAUAUGAUUGUAUAUGGAGUAGCCAUGGUGUAAACAUCAAGUCUGUGAUCAUACUAAAAGUUAUGGAAGCUCCAAAGGUGAUUAAGCCACCGAAGGCAGCAACGUUCUCCGAAGGUGGAGAAUUGGAUCUCUCUUGCACGGUAACAGGCGAACCACAACCGAAAUUUGAGUGGCUAAUUAAUGGGGAAUCUUUGACGCCUGGUGGUAAUGUGGAAAUCGAAGGUUCGAGUCUUUCUAUCUCCGAGGUUGAAAAAAAGCACGCUGGAAUUGUCCAGUGUGUCGCGAGUAACGAAUAUGGGUCUCAUUCUGGUUGCAAUUUGCUAAGAGUGAACCCUAAACAACAUAUUGGGACGACUGAAGCCAAACAGGAUUAUGGAAUCUCUAAUUCAAGACACAAACAUACAAGGGGAGGAGGAAGAAGAAGGAGUAAGGAAGGGAAACGUAAAGGCACUGCUGUGCUAGUACCACCGAAUCUACCGAAUGUCACCAGACUCUCAGACGUGUCCGUGAUGGUUAGGUGGUCUGUACCUGAGAACACAGGACUGCCGAUUCAAUUCUUUAAAGUUCAAUAUCGCGAACUUGGACAGAAGAUGAAUGGUAGACAAGCAAAAUGGAUGACCGCGAACUCGGAGAUACCGAAUCACGUGCGGUCGUUCGAAGUAACCGAUUUACAGCCUAAUCAUACUUAUCGGUUUCGAAUUGCUGCAGUUUACUCCAACAAUGAUAAUAAACUUAGUCCAAACUCCGUACGUUUUCAUCUGAAUAAAGAUGGCGGAAUCGAAAGCAAUAGGAUGCCAAUACCUUUGUUAACGAACACCGAGGCUUUGAGUCCACACGAAGUAUUACUCAUUUGGCAGAAUUCGGAUAAUUCGGCAAACAUCGAUGGUUUCUAUGUGUAUCACCGAGCUUCUACCACAGUUAGCGAUUAUAUAAAAACUACGGUUGAAGGAAAAGACUCUUUCAACAUAACUAUUUCCCAUUUGCAACCGGAUACAACGUAUGAGUUUAAAGUUCAGAGUUUUUCCGUAGACGCAGCUUCAGAAUUUUCUAAGAUCCUUCGACAAAAGACGAAAAGAGCUGUAAAUACGAACGAACAUGCUAAUUAUGAUAAUAAAAAUGAUCAUGGCAGCAAUUUAACAUUAGAUAGUCGAGUAAGGCCUGCAGAUGAUAAAAAUGUAAAUAUGUAUGCCAUAAUUGGCGGAGUUCUCGGAGGAUCGACUCUGUUGGGCAGCUUAACUGCAGCCGCAGUAAUAUAUAAGAGGACGAAGCACAAACAAAGCCGGGAAUCAUCGCAAAGCGAAGGAAAACCGAUAACAAACGGAAGAGUAAUGAAUGGCGGAGUAACUGAUUCGAAAAUAAACAUAACAUCAAAUCCACUUGCUGGUCUCGAUACAUCUGAAGAUAUAAUACAGCCUAAGGUCGGUAUUUACUAUUCGAUAUUAAGAAGACUAGUCUUUUCUAGCUUUAGCAAUUGGUCGCGUGCUGUUCUUUAAAAUUCUACUUGCACACUCUCUGCAUUCUCUCUGGAAGCCGCUUUUCUUUCGUAUUUUCCGAACACCACACACAUACGUUAUAUAUUACCUACAUGCCUGUGCCUCUCUGUGAGUGAGAUCUGAAAGAAGCGAAACGAACACGCAUGUUUCUAAACAGACCGGGCAACAGUCGCCGAUGGAAAUGGCAUCGUUUCUUAACGGACAAAACAACAGCAACAACAACCAUAACAACAGCGACACAGCUGGGACUGACCAGUGAAACACAUCAAUAGACUGAGAGUCCCUUCUGCCCCAGGAAUCACUGCCUAUCGAACAGUCUCUCUGCGACCAACCAUUUUCCUCUAUGCUUUAAAAAGACUUUUAUAGUGCUCAGACCGUAUUUCCAGAUGUCAAUUUUAUCAAACUUUUAUCAACUACGUUGCGACGGGAAUAUGCGAAGAAAACUAUAUACGAAUGUUGUCGCUUCCAAUGAUGCUUCUUUUAAUAGUGAGAAACUUUAGAAACUUUAGUCAUUCGUUAGGUUUACAAUGAGUGAACCGUUUUAAGACAUUUACAGGGUGUCAUAAUAGGUAUGCUCAAGUGUUUCAAUCAAGAUUGUUAGAUAUGUAUUCAUUUAACGAUCGUAUCCUACGUAGUCAGUUUUAGGUUUUCUUCUUUUCUCUUUGACGGUAAACUGCGACUUUUUUCAAGCUCAAAAUAGAAUUAGAAAUUCACGAUUGAUCAUGAAGUGGGUAAAAUAUGCAAAGUACCUGUCCGCUGUCUUCUUCGACCUCUUCGUUCUUUUAUCUCUUUGUUGCUCUCUUAUAUUAUAUCUUUGUCUCUUUUUGUAUCCACUUGAUGGUCGAUAAUUAGCGAGUUUCAUUUGUAAUUAGACACGCUAGAACGAAAAAUUUAUGAGCUCGUAAUUUAAACUAUACUCGUUUUUGGAACAUUUAGCUUUUACCGUAUACUCGCCUAAUUUUAUACUAAUUUUAAUCCAGGCAGCUUUUACGAGUUAUGUUUGUUUCCUCAUUUAAAUUAAUUAGCGUCCAUUAUUUUAUGUUGUAAAUACGCGAGAUAUUAGUGAUUAUGUCGAAUUUAGAGGCGAAUGAUUUUGUGCCUGAUGAAAAAGACAGCUGUGCUAUGUAUUUUAUAUAAUACUACAUGUUUUAGGAAAUAUCAUCGGUGAUGCUGGAAUUUUCUUUGAAAAUUCUUGAAUCGCGAUAGAAUGGAACUUUGUUCAAAUUUUUUCUCUUUUUUUAAUGAUCAUUGUAUCGUUAUCUUAUAUAUUAUGAUUAUUCAUACAUUAUCGUCGUUGAUACUGGUAAAAUAAUGACUUUAACGGAAUAAUUUUCACGUUAGAGAGCGAACAAACCUCAUACGAAUUGCUACUAGAAUAAUAGAAAUAAUUCAGUCACACAUCGCUAACAGUAUUUGUUACGUAAUAUCAAGAACUUUUAAUAACAGUAUUUUCCUAGCUUCGAGUUAGAUGCAAUUUCUUUUAGUGACCGAUAUUAGAUUCCAGACGGUAAUCAAGCUUUACAAUAAAUCAUGCGUUAAAAAGAAUCUGAGAAUUAUAUUUAAACAUGCUAGAAUUUUUAGUCAAAAUUUCGGUAUCAAAAAAAGGAAACAAAAAUGUGUAAAUAAGUAUUUAUACAAUUUUUUCGAUUUUACGUCGUUCUAUAUAUAACAUAUCUUUUAAUGUAGUAUUAAUUAUUUAAAUUGUCUAUUUUAAAAGAAAACAAAGUCAGAAGAUCAGUUUGCAAGCGAGAUAAGAACAAAUUUUUGUACAUAUAUACUAAAAUGGGACAAAUUUUAUGAAGGAGCAUAUUGUGCCUUAAAUCUUGCCUAUACAAACUAGUGUUAAGACUAAUUAUUUAUGUAUCUAUGUAUGCAUAUCGACAUUUUGUGUACUUAAUUUUUUUUUAAUAAAUAUGCUGAAAAAAAGA